AUGGAUGUGAACCAGAAGGAAAAACUGACGCUGGUGGCUAGAAAGGCUUGUUUUGGUCUGCCCACGGCGUGCCCAACAUGCUUGCCCGUUUACAUAUACCUAAGAUUCGCUCAAGUACCCUUUGAUUUGGAUUUCAAUCUCAUGCACCCUGAUUCAGGUCCCUCUCUCUCUCUCUCUCUGACGUAUAGUAGUAGGCAACCUUUCUUUUUUGCCUUUCUUCCAGCUUUUCCAGAUAAAGGGCUAAUAGAGUUGCGCUUUCUUAGUGCAUUACCUUUCGUUAUCAACUUGUUGUUUUAUAGCAUGAAGUUACCUGAUGUUCAGACAUUUGUUCUAAGUUAA